CGUCAUGUUCAACGCCAACGUUCAUUUCUUUUCAUGCAAUUGUAUUUAUAUUAUGUUGACGGUGUAACACUCCCUCUCCUCCUUCCACCGUUUCCUUCUCUCUCUCUCUCUCUCUCUCUCGCUCUCUCUCUCUCUUCCCAGCACACGAUAUGGAUUCCGAAGCCCGCCCAAAGCCUUCCGUUUCCACCAGGAAGAGGCCGCGCUCCUCUCUCACCACGGACCAGCUGUGGACUCCGGAGAAGCCGGAGCAGCACCCGCGCAGGGCCAGGAACCGGAGCGUCGCCUUCUCCCUCACGGAGGUGCGGCGGGUCGCCCUCGGUCUUCGGAGGCCCGCAGGUAGCUCCCAUCUCGACCCUCUACCGGUCGAUGACUCGGGGCCAUGUUCUACUCCCAAGCCGUCGAGAGCUAAAACGAUUCCCAAACUUCCUGAAAAGUAUGAGAUACUGUGUGAGUUCUUCAAUUGCAUGGAGAGCUCCAUCCGCUUGCUUCGGCUGAAGGGGUCGAUGUCCACAUUCCCCAACAUCAGCACCAGUAUUCAGAGUUUGAUGGAUAGGAGAUUCACUUAUGUGCACUUGGCACAGUUGAAGCACAUCAUGCCCGAAGCUAUAAUGAUCAAGAAGGUGCUUUUGCAUGAUGAGACUACUUGCUGUAUGAAGCCAGAGCUUCAGGUCACUCUGCAGGUUGAUGCGGUAGCGAAGAACAUCAAGGGGAAGAGUGAAAGUGGGUAUUCGAUCUUGCGGGCAGUGUUCAGGGAAAGGCUUGUGGAGUUCUUCAAAAAUCAUCCCCAGGGAGAUGAGGUUCCAGAGGAGCAGCUGCCGCAUCCAUUUAAUCCAACAAAGCUCAGUGUACAUAAGAGCGUGACCAUCAAUGCCGAUCCAUCAGGCACCAAAUCCUCAUCAAGUGCUCCUAUCCAGAAACAAUUUUUAGUGCCAUCUCACAUGUCACAAUCUUUUAAGAGGCAUUUUUCUCGCAAAAUUCCCGUCCUUAAUCCAGAGAAAACUCCACCGAUGUGCUCUAGUGAAGCUUGUCCUAAAGAUGAUCAUUCUACUUUUGUUGAUUCAUCUGCCAUAUCUAAGAAGUCUUUGCUCAGUUCUCCUAUUUCAACAACCUUACCAAUUGUAGAAGGAGGUGAUGAAAGGGAUGCUGCAGGGUCACCCAGAGCUGAUAACUAUCCUCAUGAGGAAUCAAAUGUUGAGAAGGGAACUCCUGCAAAGCUAGUGUGCACUCCAUUAAGGUUAAUGACUGAUACACCGGAAAUUCCAACAUCAAAGAGACUUAGGACAACCCCAUCGAACAAAUCCGUAAGGCGAUCGGCCCGAACAAAGUUGUUUAUGACUCCAGAAAAGAGUGCAAAUGAGUGUGAUGAUGACGGAAGUCUGUCUGCCAGUGAUGAUGUUCUCAAUUUUCUACCAAAAACUCUCUUGCAGUCGAUCAAUGUGAAGGAGCAGAAAGCAGUGCAGGAGAAGCAGGCUGGCUUUGCCGAUGCUAUUAGACGGCAAAAGUUGAUAGCUUCCUUGCCAAAUAUUUUUGACAUGAUCCUACUCACAUUUCAGUCAUGGAAGAGAUCUGUCAUGACAAAGCAUGAGUUAACUAACAAGUUAAUCUCAAGUCACUCUAAGAUAGUUGAUCAAGGUGAAGUGGAAGAACAGUUGAAACUAUUGCUAGAAUUAGUUCCAGAUUGGAUCUCUGAAAAGAUUGCCUGUAAUGGAGACACACUUUGUUGGUAAGCUUCACAAGAAACAAAGUUAUUUUGCGUUUGCCACUUUGGCAUCAUACUCUGUAUUGUUAUUAAG